AAAAGCUACGCUAGAAGCUUCAAGGCUUGCAGAAUUUUUAAUUUUACAGACAGGGAUGACCGCUUUUGGGAAAGCAUACUACAGAAAUCAAAAUGAUCUUCUGCCUAAUCUUGCUGCAAAACUUGAAGCACUUCUUCAUGAAUACAUGCGUUUUUCUGUGGAAAAAUGUGCCUCUGUGCUAAGAGAGUUCCAUUCGGCUGUAGAGACAAUUACAUAUGUUUUACUUGAAAAGGGAGAGAUUAAAAGAGAAGAAAUCUGGGAUAUAUACAAUAGGGCACCUCAAAUAUCUCAGCUUACUGUUAAUCCAGUUGAUAAUAUUGAGCCAUGA